AUGCUGAAGAUUCAGAUUCACAUGAACCUGGCAAUAUGCACGGCCCUUGGACAGAUUAUUUUUCUCACCUUGGCUGAGGCAACAGAAAAUAGGGCACUCUGUAAGGGCGUGACAGUGACACUACACUACCUGUUCACAUCAGCUCUUGCAUGGACCAUGAUCGAGGGCGUUUCCCUGUAUCGUACGACUGCCGUGGGCUCCAAAGCACUUAGGAUUGGGUGGCUGAGUCUUAUCGCUUACGGAGGCUCCUUUGUGGUUGUUGGGGUGUCUUUUGGUGUUCUCUUUGACACGUAUGGAACAUCUGCAUUCUGCUGGUUACACGUUGGAGACAACAGUAUCUACAUAUUUGCAGGAUGUGUCUACGCAACAGAAAUGUUCAGCGUCACGGUGUUGUGGUUCGUCAUGAGAACAUUCAGGUCUCUGAAGGCAAACAAGAAGAAAGAUGAAAUCGACAAGAUCAAGGCAACGGCUCGUGCGUUAUGCAUCCUCCUACCAAUCCUUGGAUUAACCUGGAUCGCUGGAACCAUCACCAGUUUCACCCAAUCUGAUGCUGUCAUCUGCUUUCAGUACAUCUUCAUCAUAUGCUUCUCCCUCCAGGGUGUCUCUAUUUUGGUGUUUCACUGCUUGCUAGUUCCGGAUGUGAAAACAGCACUUAAGCUUCGGCUUGGUCGUCGUGUUGCAGAUAGUACUUGGGCAAGUUCGAAGAGUUCCAAGUCAACCGCCACAUCAAACUUUUAAAGCUUAUCAACACUAGUGUG